UCUUGAUUUACAGGUUAAGGAAGCAUAAUAAACAAGAAGAUGAAGUGUCUCUUGAUCAUUGUUGCCUUUGUAGCUUUGUUCUACUCUUCAGAAAGUGUCAUAAAAUGUUAUGACUGUAUUCCUGGUCCCAGUCUAUGCAAAACUGAGAAGAAUUGUUCAUCAGAGUAUGAUUCUUGCAUCUGGGCCAGUCUGGGUGAACAAAAAGAGGCCUCUAACUGCUGGAAAUAUUCCCAGUGUGAUGACAAAAAUAUCAAGAAACACUUUGACGCUAGUACCUUUAAGUUUAGGUGCUGUAAGUCAGACUUGUGUAAUAGCAGUCCAUUAAUAAUGCCGGGGAGUAUGAUCACCCUCAGCAUAGUAUUGCUUCUGACCACAUUGCUUUUAAUCUGAACAGAAGAAGUGACACUUGGCACGAGCAUUUCAAGUACUUGUUGGAUUGUGCAUUAUUUUCUGCUGCAUAUGUCAACUGACCUUCAAAUAAAAUAUCUCCUGUGCUUGUAUCUGCCUGCCCAGCUAAUGGUGGCAUGUUCCUCCAGUGCCAGGUGCCACCUUCUAAUUCAACAGCAUCUUCAUCAGGGACUCCCUCUGGCAGCUUGACACAGCAACAGUGCUUCUAGCUUUUUACUGGAAAAUGGUAGCCACAAGCUUUUGCUAUAUGCACUUGGACCAUGAAUAUGCACUUUGCCUUCUUUAAAAAUUGUUCUUGUAAAUGUUAUAUGCUAUCCUUUCUCCAUUAGAAUUUUAUAAUUUGUGUUUAUACUCCAGUCCUAUUCUGUGUGGGGAAGUUUGGAACAGCUCCCAUUGGCCUCCUUUCCAGGGACUCAUGUCUAAUAAAAAUUAAACACCUCCGGUACGCUUUUCACUGAGUCCUAAACAUCUUCCUUGUCCUCUGUCUUACUUUCCAUCUUCCUGUACCAGAACUAUUGUUCUUAAUUAAAACAACAUAUCCUUUAUGCUUAAAUUCUCUUCCAUGUCUGGGUAGCAACUCCAUAACAUUGUGGGGCUUCCCCUUUACUACCCAUUCUGUAGGCCUCUUGGGGUACCCAUGUAGAACUCCAGAGCUCUGUAAACCCCAGUUUGAAAACAGCUGUAUUAUAGCAUAAAAGUCCUAGUGGCACUGAACAUAACCAAUGGAAGAUGGCCCACAGGACAAAGUGUUGUGAAAACACACAAGUCUCUUUGAAAGAUGGUAACUUCUCAGAUUUCUAUGGCAACACUGAUACACAAUGUUCAGAAUGGGAUUAGGGCUAAAGCCUUGUCUAAAUUCACAUGCAUCAUCCCAAGAGCCUUGAAUGGGGUGAGAAGAACUGACAUUGUACACAUGUUCAAGAACACAAUAGCCUGUAGGAUAAAACUUGACUAAACAGCCUUUUAUUAUAAGAAUUUAGAUGCAGUCCAUGAUAACUGGAAUUCAUUUGCUGUUCCUAUUCCUGUGGGGAAAUGGUUUUGCUGUUUUUGUUAUUCAGUGGAGACAACACCAGUUGUCUAUUAGUGCUUGGGAACCUGGUUAGUUCAGGGGCAGCAGAGAACUCACAGUAUUUGGCUGCACGAAGAGUUUACAAGAGAUAGGCCCUGAGACAAGUUUGGGACUCUGAUGCGCUGGUGUCAGUGUUAACUGUGUGCCUAUUUCUGUACCCAUCCUUGUACAACCUGAUACUCAUAAAUAAACAAAUAUUUACAGGUA